UUUAAACGGCACGUGGGUGAGCAGGAGGAGGAUGCUGACCUUUGGAUCGGGUACUCUGCCUUUCAUCUGGGUGACUACAAGAGAGCGCUGGAGGAAUAUGAGGCCUUAACCAAACAACCAUCUUGCAGUCCAGAUGUUUGGGUGAACCUUGCCUGCACAUACUUCUUUCUGGGGAUGUACACACAAGCUGAACAAGCAGCCUUGAAAGCACCCAAGAGUCGUCUCCAGAACCGUUUACUCUUUCACCUGGCACAUAAGUUCAACGAUGAGAAGAAACUGAUGAGCUCUCACCAGAAUCUGCAAGACAUUACAGAAGAUCAGCUUAGCUUGGCCUCCAUCCACUACAUGCGGUCCCACUACCAAGAAGCUAUUGAUAUCUACAAACGCAUUCUUCUUGAUAAUCGGGAAUACCUGGCUCUGAAUGUAUACGUGGCCCUGUGCUAUUACAAACUGGAAUACUACGAGGUAUCGCAGGAAGUGCUAGCUGUGUAUCUUCAGCAAGUUCCCGACAGCACCAUUGCUCGUAACCUUAAGGCUUGUAACCAUUUCCGACUUUACAAUGGGAAAGCAGCUGAGGCAGAGCUCAAGAACUUGACAGACAGUGCCUCAUCGUCUUUUGAAUUUGGCAAGGAGCUUAUUAAGCACAAUCUGGUGGUAUUCCGAGGAGGAGAAGGGGCUUUGCAAGUCCUGCCUCCUCUGGUUGAUGUUAUUCCUGAGGCAAGACUGAAUCUUGUGAUUUACUAUCUCCGACAAGAUGAUGUGCAGGAGGCUUAUAACCUGAUUAAGGACCUGGAACCUACAGCUCCACAGGAGUACAUCCUCAAAGGAGUGGUAAAUGCAGCACUUGGACAAGAAAUGGGCUCGAGAGAUCAUCUGAAAAUUGCUCAGCAGUUCUUCCAGUUGGUGGGUGAAUCAGCCAGCGAAUGCAAUACCAUUCCAGGGAGACAGUGCAUGUCCUCCUGCUUCUUUCUUCUUAGACAGUUUGCUAAUGUCCUGCUCUACCUCGACUCAAUCAAGAGUUACUUCUGCAACAAUGACACUUUUAACUUCAACUACGCCCAAGCCAAAGCCGCCAUUGGCCAUUUUAGUGAGGCUGAGGAGGUGUUCCUUUUGAUCCAGAGUGAGAAGAUAAAGAAUGAUUUUGUUUACCUUAGCUGGCUAGCUCGCUGCUAUAUUAUGAAUAAGAAACCACAGCUGGCCUGGAAGCUCUAUCUGAAGAUGGAGACCUCAGGGGAGUCCUUUAAGCUAUUGCAGCUCAUUGCAAAUGAUUGCUACAAAAUGCGUCAGUUUUACUAUUCAGCCAAGGCAUUUGAUGUUCUGGAGAGACUGGACAGUAAUCCUGAAUACUGGGAAGGCAAGAGAGGUGCUUGUGUGGGUGUCUUUCAAAUGAUAUUAGCUGGCCAAGAAGCAAAAGAGACUCUGCGGGAAGUUGUGCAUCUUCUGAAGAGCACUGGUAAUUCUCAAGCAGAAUACAUUGUCCGCAUCUUGAAAAAGUGGGCCAAGGAGAACAAAGUCCCUGUUUAA